CAGAGGAGUUCGGAGAAGUUUUCCUGCAGUUACGUUGGCAGCGUACGUGUACAAAGAUGCUUCCUGGAGUGCUCGCCGUGUUGCUGACUUUAUUUAGCCUCUCUGAAAGCAAACAAAAAGACUUUUAUUCAUUUAAAGUGGUAAACAGCAGAGGGAAGUUAGUAUCCCUGGAGAAAUACCGAGGUUCGGUGUCCCUGGUGGUGAAUGUCGCAAGUGAAUGUGGCUUCACUGAGGAGCACUACAAAGACCUUCAGCAGCUCCAGCGAGACUUUGGGCCAUAUCACUUCAAUGUGCUUGCCUUCCCUUGUAACCAGUUUGGGCAGCAGGAGCCGGGCAGCGACAAGGAGAUCGACAGCUUUGUGCGCAGAGUCUAUGGCGUCUCCUUCCCUUUGUUCAGUAAAAUUGCUGUUGUUGGAACCGGAGCCAACAAUGUGUACAAGUACCUAGUAGAGUCCUCUGGAAAGGAGCCUGACUGGAACUUCUGGAAGUAUCUUGUUGAUGUAAACGGCAAAGUGGUGGAUGCAUGGGGACCAAACGUGUCUGUCAAAGAACUCCGACCUAAAAUAGCUGAAAUGGUGCGACAGAUCAUCUUAAAGAAGAAGGAAGAGCUUUAACCUCUUGUGAAAAAGCCCAGCGCAUAGGAUGAAUAUUUUAAUGAUAAGCCAAAGGGAUGGACUGAACAUGUUUGCUUUACCUGUCCAUAUGUCUUUAUUCAAGAAGAUCACUCGAGUCAUUAAAUUAAAGCAUGCUGUAUUUUGUGGAAGCACUGAUGAGACACUACCAUGUUUUCAUGUGAAAUUUAAAGAGUUACAUCUGGAUUUUGAUAUGGAUUUAGCCAAAGAGAUCAAUUUGCCCAUUUUUCUAGAGCCGUGUAUUGUUUUUGUAUUCACUCUGAAUUGUGGAAUAAACUUUUACCCUGGUGAGA